UCAUGCUCUUGCAGUUUCGUCUUCUCCUCUCAUCAAAACAGAUUCCCAAAAUCGGCAAAUCUCUCUCUAUUUCGAAUUGAAAUCUUGUGAUUUAGGGCUUCGAUGGAGAAGAACGGAGGCGCUACGUGGGCUGAUCAGUGGGACUACAACCCGGACCCGGUCUCUGUACCCGAUACCAAGAAGAAGAGCGGGAACAACACGAGUAAUUACAAGCAGAAGGUCGGAGAAGGCCUCGGGAAGACCAAAGCAGUGGCGUCGAUUGGCGUUAAGAAGGUCAAGGAAGGGACCGCCGUCGGAUUUCAGUGGAUCAAAGACAAGUAUCACAAAACUACUCAGAAAAAAUAAUAGCUGAUUCUAUAUAUAGAGAUGAUCAUGCCUUCAUUUACGACUACUCUGUGUUCGAUCGCUCCUUGUUCAUAUUUGAUUAUGAUCGUUUUUUUUCUUUAAUUUUUCCUUUGUUUGUUUAUACUUGUAGUACAGAUAAUUGAUUUACUGGAUUUUAUAGGAUUGUGUGGAUUUUUUUUUUUUUGGUCAAAAUCUCCUGGAUUUGUUCUCUCUCUUAUUCAUAUUUGCUCAAUUGUUCUUGA